AUGCCAACAACUUGUGGAUUUCCUAAUUGUCGAUUUCGUUCACGUUAUCGUGGUGCUGAAGAUAAUCGACAUUUUUAUCGUGUACCAAAGAAACCUGCAAUAUUACGAAAGAAAUGGCUAGAAGCAAUAGGUAGAACUGAAGAAACAAUUGUUAGCCAGCUACGAGUAUGCAGUGGUCAUUUUUAUGGUGGAGAAAAACAUGAGGGUGACGUUCCGGUUGCUGAUCCAGCAGUUGAUGAACCAAUAAGAGUUGAACUACCUCCUAAAAUCUCACGUUUUCCAUCAACAGUGAAUAAAAGAAACUGUUGUGGUACUCGAGGUGGUGGUGGCGUUGGUCGAGGAAGAGGAUUGCAUCAUACUCAAGGAAUUAGAAAUAAGAUGUGUUUUUUAAAAUCAGGAAUGCUCAAUUACAUGACAAAACAUAAUAAUUGUUUAAAUAUGUUGGGAUCAUUUAAACCAAAGCACACAUUGGCAUCCAAUUCAACCCAAUCAUCUCCAAUUCUAAGAAACGACCAUAAAAUUCGGGCUAAUAAGCCAACUAAUAUCAUUAACAGUAAUAAUGAUUCUAAUAGUCCACUGAUGUGGUUUAAUAAUUUAUAUUCCCCUCAUAUUUAUGAUUAUCUAAAAACAAUCUCACUAAAUACUUCUAUAUCAUCAUUACCUGAAUUAAAUACAAAUAAAAAAUAUUUAUAUGAUCCAAGAAAACAUUUCAAUUCAACUUCUAUUAAUAAAGAUCAAUCUGUUCUACAGAAUUAUUCAUAUCAAUCACCUCAACAAAUAAACUAUCCAAUAGAUAAAUAUACUUCAUUUAUUCAUACUUCAAGAUGUCAUACUCCACUCACUUCAACAACUGUUUGUUUAACAAAUCUAAUUCAAAAUGAAAAUAGUAUAUUGAAAAAGUCUUGUAAUUCACCUUCCAAUAGUAAUGAUAAUAUUAAUAAUAUAAAUAGCAUUAUUAAUGAUCAUAAACCACAAUCUGCAUUCUCAUCAGUAACAAGUAUGUUUGAAAAUAAUAAUAAUAAUAAUAAUAUUAAUAUAAGUAAGGAUUUCAUUAAUAACAGUGAUUAUCUAAUGAGAACUUCAUUACUAUCAAAUAAAGAACAAUCUUUAUUGAAUAUUCCUACGGAUACGGCUAAAAAUCAAUUCACUUCUACAAUUUCAACAGAUUAUUUUUUAUCAUUAACAUCAGUAAUCAAUAAUGUUUUAACAAAAAAAUUCACUGAUACUUAUACUAAUUCAUCGAAAUUACAUAGUUACAAUCAAUUAUAUCAACAAGAUGAAUUAUAUAAUCAAAAUCAUUUAAAUAAUGAAUAUAAUUCAUUAUCAAAUUAUUCAUUAAAUAUAAUCAAUUCUAAUAAUUUAAUUAAUAAUAAUUCAAUAAAUGAAAUUAAAGAUUUAUCUAUUAAAUCGGAAUUCAUUAAAGAAUAUGAAAAUAGAAUGAAAUAUCAUAUAAAACCUAAUGAAUUCUAUUUAUUCAAUGAUUCUAAACAGAAUAAUCAUGAAAGAGUAGAAGAUAAUGAUUGUUUUAUUAAAUUGAAUAAUUAUAAUGAAUUAGUAAAUGAUACUGUAUAUUGUAAUCGUUUACAGAUAAAAGGCAUAAAUUUACACAUCGUACCAUUGGAACUUGAUGUAAAUAAAUCAGCUGAUUUCAUUAUUGGUAUUAUCCUAUCCACACAUUAUGAUAUCAUGUCGAUUUAUGUGAAUGACAAAAAUCAACCUACUGUCAAACGACCAGCAUCGUCACCUUCACAAUCGAUAAUGAACCAACUAGUGCAAAUUAACAAACCGCUAUAUAAUCAUACUAAUGAUAUUGUAUCCAAACAUACUACUACUACUACUAAUGAUCAAACAACAAAGAAUAUUGUAUCAAACAAUCAAGGAACCCAUCUAAAUACUGAUCGAAAUAUUCAAAUCGGUAUUAUUGGUCUAGGUCCAAUCAGUUUAACUAUUAUACGUCAAUUAGAAAAAUUUAAUUAUAAUAUUCGUGUAUUUGAUAAAUAUUUACCUGACGGAAUUGACACUGUGCUCAAUUUAAAUUAUAUAAAUAAUCAUGAAGAAAUUUUACAUGAAUCUGAUUGGAUUAUCUUUAUACAAGAAGCGAGUAUUCUAAAGGAUUUGAAAUUAUUUGGAAAAAGUGAUAUCUAUUCUCCGUUGACAGUGAAUGAAAUAUUUAAUGAGAAUAUAAAAGCUAAAAUAAAAAGUGGAUGUCAUAUAUUAUACAUUAAUCUGGUUGACGAUUAUCCACAUGAAGUAAUUACAUUGAAUACACUUGCUCACUCUGGACAUGUAGCAGACAUCUAUGUAUUAUUAAGGAAACCAUGUGAAAAGUUAACUAAUGAAUUCAAUAUUCAACAAUCAUCAAAUUUAAUUUGUUUAUAUAAUAAACUCAAUAAACUACAAGUACAAUCAAAAGAAUUACGUAGAAGUAUGAGUCAAUUUGUUCGGAGAAAUUUGCUUAAAAAUUUGAUAUUUAUACCUAAAAUCAAUGAAAUAACUCAAACUGAUGUGUAUAAAUAUAAAACUGAACCACAAUUUAAAGUAACUUUGAAUAAUCAAAAAAUGAGCACAUUGAAGAAAAAUACAAAUAUACAUCAAAAAAUACCACUUCAUGGGAUAAAAAAGCAUCUAACAUUUGGUAUCAAUUCAUUAGUAGCUCCAAAAACUUUGAAAUAUUAUCCUACUCACUGUGGAUAA